CGAGCCGAAGUAUUUAAGAAACUGCCAGAAUCGCCAGUCCAACGGACGGGUAAGACAAUCAACUGUUUAUCACACCCCACACAGUUUAUCCGCUUCGCGUUUCCCCCCCCCUCCUCCCCCGCACUUCAGCCCUUAGUCAGUCCUUUUCGCCAUGGCCCGCCGCCGUACUUCCUCCGCCUCCCGCCCCGCGGCCAAGCCCGCGAUGUCGGCCAAGACCGCCGCCGCCCCGGCUGCUCCUGCCGCCUCGGCUGCCCCCCACAACACCGCCUCGGCUGCCCCGCACGCCGCCCCCGCCGCCCCUCAUGCCCCGGUUCCGGCCGCCGCUCCCCAGCAGGCCCCGGUCAUCUACCAGCAGGCCCCUCAGCAGCCCGGCAUGCUGGCUAACAUUGCCACCACCGCGGCUGGUGUCGCCAUCGGCCACACCGUCGGCAAUGCCCUGACCGGUCUCUUCACCGGUGGCGGGUCUGCCGCUGCGGAGGCCGCCACCACGGCCGCUGCCGCUCCGGCCGCCGCCCCGGCUCCUGAUGCCUUCUCCUACCAGCCCCAGCCCGGGGCCACCGUCGGCGCCACUCCCCCGGUGCAGAUCUGCAGCCUGGAGCAGGAUGCCUUCCUCCGCUGCGCUCAGACCUACAGCAACGACAUUUCCAUGUGCCAGAGCUACAUCGACAUGCUGAACGAGUGCAAGCGCCAGAACGUCUCGGCCACCCAGCUCUUCUAAGUCUCCUCUCUCCUCCUCCCCGCUUGAAGAAUGAGUCUUUCUCCCUGAUCUGUGUGUCUCUAUGGGUCUGUAUGUAUGUGUGUGUGUGUGUG